AAACAAACCACAUUCACCAACAAAAAAGAAGAUCAACAACAUGUGUAAUAUUUGUUACACGAACACAAAUCUACUCGUAAUUAUAUGUACCUAAUUAGAUUCCAACUUCCCACCACAAAGCAAAGCCUCAACACAUGGAAGUGUUACUCACAUAAGAAAUAGCAAGUGACAAUCUACUCUACAACUAACAUAACAGGGCCGUCAUGAAAUUCCCGUUUCUAUAGAUUUCCGGUACUGUUAACGGAAUCAAAGAAAACGAAUAUAUAUAAUUCCAAAACGAUUCAACCGAAUCAACUUUCCCAUUUCCUUUCUCCUUCUCUCUUUUUAGAUAUAUUUGUUUUUUAAUCUCAAACUAAAAAAACCCAAAUUUUCUCAACAAAGAAUUAGAAUUAGGAGGAUCGAAAAAGAAGAAGAAGAUUGGUAAAAAUGGGGAAGUACAUGCGGAAAUGUAAGGCAAGAAUAAGUAGUAAUGAUCAUCAUCAUCAAGUUUCAGAAGAACAAGUAGGUGUAAGGACGAGAGCUAGAACCUUAGCUGCCAUGGCUUCUGCUGCUACUGCAACUACUAGUACUACAACAACUACAGCAAGGAAAAGGAAAUUUGGUACUAAUACUAAUUCUAAUACAGAUUCUAGUCAUGAAUUACAGUCGUUUCUUCAACUCCGUAGUCGUAAGCUUUUCAUCACUAAUUUCUCCGAGAAACCAAAUACUACUACUACUCCAAUUACUAGUAAUAAUAAUUCAGACGGGGAUAAGAAUUCUGAUAAUUGUGGAGCGGCUCAUCACCGUUUACUUCCGUGUUCUUCAUCGGCGGUAGCGGAUAAUGUUUCUCAUCACCACUUUGACUCUCGGUGUUCAAGUAACGGAUCAAGCAUGCUUGCUAAUAAUAAUAAGAAUUUAAUGUCCUCAUCAUCGGUUGCUGUAGAUCUAAUAGAGGGUGGUGGUGAUGAAGGUUUUGAAUUGAUGGAUAAUUCAACGUAUUCUUCUGAUUGUAGAAAAAGAAGGGAGACGACUCCCUCCAGUAAUUUAAGAGGAACAGAAGAAUCAGGAGAUCUGGAAUCAACACAGAGGCGUCUGAUAACAUCCUCACCCCACCACCACCACCAACAAACAUCCUCAUCAAUGAAAGAGAGGAUGGCAUCGAUAGAAUCAGAAAUUGAUGAUUUCUUUUCAGCAGCUGAGAAAAAAGAACAACAGCGAUUCUCUGAAAGGUAUAAUUUCGAUUUCGUAAGAGAAUUACCCAUGGAAGGUCGUUAUGAAUGGGUUCGAUUAACAGAAUGAACCAACUAGAAUUGGAUCUUCAAUAAUAAGUAGUACUACUAGCAAAUUUAGUACUUAAAAGAGAAAUUAAAUUAUUAUUAUUAUAAUUUAAUAUUUUAACCUGAUGAAAAAAUUCUGCAAAUUCUAGGUAGUUUUUGUUUCCAUUUUAGGUUUUUGUACAAAUCUCUCUCGUAUCUAUUAUCUGAAGAAGAAGAAGAAGCUUAGCUUUAAUUUUUAUGUGUACGAUAUACAACCAGAUCAGAGAUUCAGAGAAGCUUCUGUAAAACAAAAAUCCAAAAAAAAAAAUAAAUGAAAAAUUUGAAACAUGGAUUUGUAGCCCUAGAUGUCGAGGGUUUUCUUCUAUCCAUGUCUAUCUUUUUCUCUGUCAAGUUCCUUUUCUAUUCUGGCUUACUAUUUGUUUGUUUGGGUUCUUCUUCUCUAGUGUGUGGUACAGUCUGUUUGUUUUGUUGUUACUUCUUUAGUCAGUUUCUUUUUUCCA